AGCAGCAGCUUCCUCUGAGUGUGGUGCAGCUGGGGCCAGAGUUGAGGAACAGAAUCUUGCUGAGCCCUGGCUAGGCCCUCACGCUGGGGUCAGGAAAUUUGGAGGAUGAGGCCCUUCAGCCCUGAGGUUUCCCUAGACCCAUCCUCUGCCAUGGCAGUCCACCUGCUUCCCACCUAUGCUCUCUUCCUGACCUUGCUUGGCGCGGCCCAAGGCUCCAGGAGCCCCAUGGUACCCAACCAGCCCUUCACCACCAUCUGGAACGCAAACACCCAGUGGUGCCUGGAGAAAUACGGCGUGGAUGUGGAUGUCAGUGUCUUCGAUGUGGUGGCCAACCCUGGGCAGACCUUCCGCGGCCCUGAUAUGACCAUUUUCUACAGCUACCAGCUGGGCACCUACCCCUACUACACAUCUGCUGGGGAGCCUGUGUUUGGUGGCCUGCCCCAGAAUGCCAGCCUGGAUACCCACCUGGCCCGCUCCUUCCAGGACAUCCUGGCUGACAUCCCUGAGUCCGACUUCUCAGGGCUGGCAGUCAUCGACUGGGAGGCAUGGCGCCCACGCUGGGCCUUCAACUGGGACACCAAGGACAUUUACCGGCAGCGCUCCCGAGCACUGGUACGGGGGCAGCAUCCCGACUGGCCAGCUCCUCGGGUGGAGGCAACAGCACGGGACCAGUUCCAGGAGGCUGCACAGGCCUGGAUGGCAGGCACCCUCAAGCUGGGGCAAGCUCUGAGGCCUCGUGGCCUCUGGGGCUUCUAUGGCUUCCCUGACUGCUACAACUAUGACUUUCUAAGCCCCAACUAUACUGGCCAGUGCCCGCCGGGUGUCGGUGCCCAGAAUGACCAGCUGGGGUGGCUGUGGGGCCAGAGCCGCACCCUCUACCCCAGCAUCUACAUGCCCGCAGAGCUGGAGGGCACGGGGAAGGGACAGAUGUAUGUGCAGCACCGUGUAGGUGAGGCAUUCCGUGUGGCUAUGGGUGUUGGGGACCCCAAUCUGCCGGUGCUGCCCUAUGCUCAGAUCUUCUAUGACAAGACGAACCGCUUUCUGCCCCUGGAUGAGCUGGAGCACAGCCUGGGGGAAAGUGCAGCCCAGGGAGCAGCAGGAGUGGUACUCUGGGUGAGCUGGGAGAACACAAAAACCAAGGAAUCGUGCCAGGCCAUCAAGGAGUAUGUGGACACCACACUGGGGCCCUUCAUCCUCAACGUGACCAGUGGGGCUCUUCUGUGCAGUCAAGCCCUGUGCUCAGGCCAUGGUCGCUGUGCCAGGCGCCCCAGCCACCCUGAGGCCCUCCUCAUCCGCAACCCCGCCAGCUUCUCCAUCCAGCUCACUCGUGGUGGCGGACCCCUGACCCUACAAGGUGCCCUCUCAUUUGAGGAUCAGAUGCAGAUGGCUGUGGAGUUCCAAUGUCGCUGCUACCGUGGCUGGAAGGGAGCACGGUGUGAGCAGCAGGGCAUGUGGUGAUUGGUCACACGCCAGGAUACACACAUUGAGCACCUGCUUACCUUAAAAAUAAAUUGGUUAUUUUACCAG